AUGGUGGGUAGACCAAGGUCUCCAUGUGAGGCGUUGCUGCCUCGGUUCUACGCGGGCAGAGACAUCUUCAUUACUGGAGCGACGGGAUUCAUGGGAAAGGUUCUGAUAGAGAGACUGCUAUCUACUUGUCCCGAUGUUGGUAAACUACACCUUCUACUGAGACAAAAAAAGGGUGUAGCUCCUGAAAAAAGAUUACAGCAAUUGAAAAGUUCACAGGUCUUCGAUCUCAUACGUCAGAAUAACCCUCGUCAAUUGGAUAAAUUGUGCAUGAUACCUGGUGAUGUCUCCCAACCUGGACUCGCUAUAGAUGCAGAGCAUCUCAAGAACUUGCAGGAUGUGUCCAUAGUAUUUCAUUCAGCUGCAACCCUCAAAUUCGACGAAGCUCUUCCAAACGCUGUCGACCAAAACGUUCUGUCAGUAACCAGACUCAUGGACAUUUGUGACACUCUUCCCAAUUUACAGGCCCUGGUCCAUGUAUCGACGGCGUACAGUAACUCGGAGUUGAAUUGUGUUGAGGAGAAGGUGUAUACACCACCAGCGGACUUGGGUCGUCUUCUGGCACUGGUUGAAGCUGUUCCCAAGCCACUACUUGCUAACAUUACACCCGAAUACAUAAAACCUAAACCCAACACCUACACCUUCACCAAGGCUAUGGCGGAGGAAGCGGUCCGAUGUCGUACUCAGAAGUAUCCCGUGGCUAUAUUCAGACCUACCAUCGUAAUUUCGUCUCUCCGUCAUCCAUUUCCUGGAUGGAUUGAGAACUUAAACGGUCCAAGCGGUGUGAUCGCUGCCGCUGGUAAGGGUCUGCUUCACGUGUUCGUAAGACGGCCUGACGCUCGAGCUGACCUGCUACCAGUGGACAUCGCUAUUGAUACACUACUAGCCGUGGCCUGGGAGACUGCUGUUGAUAGACUGCCGUCGGUCCGUGUGUAUAACUGCAGCACAAACAGCAAUCCCACGACAUGGAGGCAGUUCGAGAUGGCUCUCAAGAAGCACCUCCUCAAUUACCCCCUGGACGCCUGCUUGUGGUACCCGUGCGGCUCCGGGGUGCAGAACAGAUACGCGCACAAAGCACUCGAGUUCCUGCUGCAGACUAUACCUUUACAUAUAGCAGAAUACAUCAUAAGGGGACUCGGGAUUAAAAUGAAACUAAGCCUGAUAACAGCGGAACAGAAGAUGCGCGCCAUGAACGAGGUGCUGGCGUUCUUCGCGCUCAGGGAGUGGAAGUUCAAUACGGACAACGUGGACAGGCUGCGGGCGAGGCUGACACCCGCUGACGCCGCCAUAUACAACCUGGACCCCAACACCAUCAAUUGGGAUGAACAAUACUUCAACUUCAUAAGAGGAACCCGGAAGUAUCUGUUGAAGGAGAAAGAUGAGAAUUUAGAUGAAGCCCGCAAACAUAUGAACAGGAUGUACUUCCUCCACAAGGGCGUGAUCUUCUUCAUCUUGAUGCUAGUGUUCAGGCUGGUCUUACAGAACAAGAGCGUCAGAGAAGUAGUCUAUGGAACUUUAAGAUUAUUGCUGUCCCUCUCAUUCGCUGCUUAUAAGAACGUGACAGAGAGUGUCUGA